AACAAAAAAAAACCCAAUCCCCGUCCCACGCGCCGCCGCGUCUCCAUUUUUUUUUUUCGUUUUCUCCGUUUUGAUACUGAAACCCAAAGUUUUGAUUCCUCUGUUUUGAGUACUGGAAAUCCCUAAUUUUGGUGUGGAUAUGGCUGCGAUGGAAUUGGUAGAAGAACCGGCUAUGGCAGUGGAAGAGAUGGCGGCGGUGGAAGAGAUGGCGGCGGCGGAAGAGAUGGCGGCGGCGGCGGAGGAGGAGAAAGUGGUGAAGUCAUUCAAAGACUUGGGCGUGAACGAACAAUUAGUGGAGGCCUGCGAAAAUCUGGGCUGGAAAAAUCCUUCGAAAAUACAGCAGGAAGCAAUUCCUCACGCUCUCCAAGGAAAGGACAUAAUCGGACUCGCCCAAACGGGUUCGGGGAAAACCGGCGCCUUUGCAAUUCCAAUUCUUCAGUCGCUUCUCGAAACGCCGCAGUCCUUUUUCGCCUGCGUUCUCUCGCCCACGCGCGAGCUGGCAAUUCAAAUUGCCGAGCAGUUCGAAGCUUUGGGUUCCGGAAUUGCUCUAAGAUGCGCAGUGCUCGUCGGAGGGGUGGACCAAGUACAGCAGAGCAUUGCGCUUUCGAAGCGGCCGCACAUUGUUGUUGCUACGCCUGGCCGUCUUCUUGAUCAUCUUACUAAUACCAAAGGGUUUUCGUUACGUACAUUGAAAUUCUUGGUGCUGGAUGAAGCAGAUAGAUUGCUCAACGACGAUUUUGAGAAAUCACUCGAUAACAUAUUGGAAGCUAUUCCUAAAGACAGAAGAACGUAUUUAUUUUCUGCAACCAUGACCAAAAAGGUGAAAAAGUUGCAAAGAGCUUGUCUGAAAAAUCCCGUCAAGAUUGAAGCUGCUUCCAAAUAUUCCACCGUCGAUACACUGAAGCAACAGUAUCGCUUUGUCCCUGCAAAGUACAAGGAUUGUUAUCUCGUUUAUAUUUUGACCGAAAUGCCGGGAUGUACAGCUAUGGUUUUCACUCGUACAUGUGACGCAACUACGUUAUUGGCACAUAUUCUUCGGACCCUUAGAUUCGAAGCCAUUCCAAUUAAUGGUCAUAUGACCCAGACAAAAAGGCUUGGAGCCUUGAACUUAUUCAAGUCCGGAAAAUGUAACAUUCUUUUAUGCACUGACGUUGCAAGUAGAGGACUCGAUAUUCCAGCAGUAGAUGUGGUUAUCAACUACGAUAUUCCCACAAACUCAAAGGACUAUAUACAUAGGGUGGGAAGAACUGCUCGUGCUGGAAGGUCCGGAGUGGCAAUAUCGCUUGUGAACCAAUACGAGCUCGAAUGGUACAUACAGAUAGAGAAGCUUAUAGGUAAAAAGUUGCCCGAGUACCCUGCCGACGAGGAGGAGGUUUUAUUGCUAUUGGAACGUGUUACAGAGGCCAAAAGAAUGACUCAAGCGAAAAUAAACGAGUCUGGUGAAAAGAAGAGGAGAAAACGAGAUGAAGAUGAUGGUGAGGAAGAUCUGAAAAAGUACUUGCGUCCCAAUAAAGGGAAAUCGUUCAAGGGGAAAAGUUCCGGCGGUAAAGGAAAAUCGACCCGGGGGAAAAGACGUUGACGGAAGAAUUUUUUUUUCAAAUCGGAUCAUAUUUAUUUUCAAUUUUGUAUUAUUAGUUUCAAUUUGAGUUUUUUUGGGUAGAAAAAUGCAUAUGGUGAUAUUUGCAGGGAAUUUUGUAACUGUUACAAGUCUUACAAAUUUGUAGGGUUCCUUUGUUCCGAGGAAUUUCAGCUGUCCUAAAUGUUAUAUUAUGUUACAUAAUAUUUUAAUUGGAACUCUUUGGGAUGUGAUAUUUUAAUGUUUUUUUAGUGUUUG